AGCUCCGUGCCGGCCAUGCUGCUCCCGCAGCCCAUCUGCGUUCUGUUUCUGCUCCUACACGGCGGCCGCGCCGCGUCCCCCAGUAACGGCACGGAAACCCCGCGGGCGGAGGAAGGGAACGGGACGCGGACGGGCGCGGGGCUGCCGCCCGCAUCGGGGCUGCCGGUGCUGCGGCGCGCCGUGUUUGUGGUCAGCGCUCUGUCGGUGCUGGCCGCGCUCUACUUUGUGCUGAGGACGUUCCGCUCCCGGCCCGACGGACGCAGACGCGAACCGAGCGCGACUUUCAGGUGGAAGAAACCGCAGCGGAAGAAGUACGGUCUGCUGAGCAGCUCCGAUGAACGCGUGGAGAUGGCAUCGCUGGACAGCGAUGAGGACACCGUGUUUGAGACGCAGAACCUGCGGCGGUAA